AUGUCCCUGUUGAACUUGAUCUCGCCGAGUCCAAUUACACCGAAUGGCGCUUUUUUCGACGCGUUCAUCGACAAAUUUGGCCUCACCUCUCACCUCUCCUCCAAGACAACCAUAGAUAACCGCCAUGAUCCAGAGUGGGCGAUGCGCGAUCAAUGCGUCCUCAGUUGGCUCUACAACUCGGUGUCCAAGGAUGUCCGCGCCAUCGUUCAUGUUCUCCGCGCCACCGCGUACUACAUCGGGACUUCCAUCCACGAUCAAUUCUGGGACAAUGAACUACACCGCGCCGUCUACCUCAAAGCUGAGUUUCGAAGCAUUGUCUAG